AUGGCAAGAACAAAACUUUUACCGAUGCUUCGACUAUUUUUGACUUUUUGGUUAGGUUGUCAGACGAUAAAAGUUGUUACCUUUUUACAUUUCUUAAAUAAGAGGCAUGGUUACGAUCCAAAAGUUGCAUUUGUUAUAGGAAUUCAAACUAUUGCUCCACCAAUUAUUGUAAUAAACGUUGUUACAUGGAUAGUAUUCUGGUUUGAUAAACAACAAUCAAGAUUGCAGAACUGGAGAACCCCCGAAAAGGAAUUACUUUGGUGGUUAUGGACAACAGGAAUUUUUGGUGGCUGGUUUAGUAUGUUUGGUGCGUAUGAACUUUAA